AUGACUCAAGCUAAUGAUAAGCAUGGAUCUUUGUCACGGCAUGGGCCAAGUCGAUUCUUCCAUUCACUCAAAGGCCAUCUUUCGCAUGAAUCUAGCUUUGACUCUUCUUCUAACUCGGAUAAUAAGAGUCAUAGGCAUACCCAUAACUUCUCUCUUUUUCAUUUGGGAAGUUCGGAUGAUAUUCCAAAAGACCACCCAAAACAUGAUAAGGUUAAAUCUGCUUCCUUGAUCGAACAUAAGAAAGUACAUGCUCAUUUUAACAUACCAGAUCCUUCUACGGGUAAAGAAAGUAAUGGCUUCUCGGAAGGUUCGGGUGUUCAUCGAAGUAGUUCCUCUCCUCAGAUUAACUUGAAAGGAACUGGUGUGGAAAAGUUGAGAAGAUCAAAUACUACGGCAGCUUCCCUACUGAUACAUAAGCCAAAGAUGGAAUAUAAUCCAUACGGUAUUUUACAUUCACCACAUAUCUUGGAUAUGAGUACUAUGUUUGGACAUGGAAAUAAGCCGGAAAGUCAACUUAUGUUGCCGUAUCCAACAGAGAAUCCGAAUGAUUAUCUUCCCAAAGAGUUGCAGGAGAAGUAUCAAAAUGUCGAGGAAAUAUACGACACUGCAGAAACAGCUCUAAUAGGAUCGGGAGGAGCAGCUCUUAUUAAGAAAUUGAAAUUAAAGGGAAAUCCAAAAGUAUUUGUGGCGUUAAAGAAGUUUUCACUUUUUAGGGAUGAGUCUGCUAAACAGUAUUACCGUCGUGUCGCACAAGAAUACAUCGUGAUGAAAAAUUUUAAACAUUUACACACGAUAUCGUGUUAUGAACUAUUGAAAUUACCAGUAUACAUGCAACGUUCAUGGGGAAUGACAAUGGCAUAUUUACCAUGUGAUCUAUUUUCCCAAAUAAGGAAACCUGCAUGGAGGUCAACAUCACUUAAUGAAAGGUUGUGCUAUUUCAAACAAAUUUGCUUUGGAUUGAAAUACCUGCAUGAAUGCGAUAUCGCACAUCUAGAUAUUAAACCAGACAAUAUUCUUGUGGCAGAAAAUGGAAUCCUUCGUAUCACUGAUUUGGGAUGCUGUGAAUGUGGUCAUGAAGAACCAGGAAACUUUAAAAGUGCGAUAAAGUUGAGAAAUAAACUUCUUGGAACUCCACCCUAUCAACCACCAGAAGUUUCUAAUUACAAGAGCAUUCAAAUAGAGAAAAGAAGGAAAUAUGAUCCUUUCAAGUUUGACUACUGGUCAUUGGGCAUUCUUCUUUUUGUUUUGAUUAAAGGACAACCCCCUUUUAAAGAGCCAAAGGCAACUGAUCUGGCUUAUUCCGAAUACAAAAAGAUCUAUAAACGUCUGAAAGAGGUUUACCCAGGAUUUAUAAAGAAUGAAAUGAAUCACUUUCCGACCACAUCACCAUUUGCGAUGGGUUUCGGAAGUCCAGCCGUUGCUCAAAUUGCAUGGAGAUUUUGUGACCCAGACCCAUCGACUAGAAUGACUCUUCCUCAACUAUUCCAUAAUGAAUAUUUUCAGAAGAUUCAAAUGUGUAUUGACGAGGCUAAUUAUGAAUGCAACUUUGUCCAUCAUAAAGCUGCAAAAUAUAUGUCUUUCAGCGCCAUGUAUGGAUCCAAUAUAGAACUUGUCGAGAAUUGCAGGGGAAGCCGGAGACUCACUAGCAGUUCAAUGGAGAGGCCAAUUAUUUUGAAUGAGCGACAUAGCUCGUCCGAGAAGCCGAAACAAUCAAAACAUCAUUAUACUUCGCUUCUUGAAGUGGGACUUAUGAGCCGGAAUAGAUCUGACAGUAAGAAUAGCAAUACAUCAACUCACAAUAAGGGCGAUGACAAAAAGGACCCAUCACUACACUAUAAGUCAAAUUUGAAUAAAGUGGAGGAAUCAGAACAUGAGGCUGAUACGGAUGAUGAUAAGCAACAUCGUGAUUCUAAAUGCAAUACAGAAGGCGGUGCUAAUAUAAAAAUUCAUACCUUAUUCAAGAAAGGUAAAGCAGCUUCCAAGAAUGAUGAUACAACAAUAUCUCACAACUCUGGCGAUCGGGUAAGUCAUUCACUUAUAGACAAGCCAUCGUUUAACUCACAUAGUGUUUCCGAAAACAUUGCAAGUGAAACGAAUAGUUAUAAAGAACAAAUAUCAGGAGCCGUCCCUAGUAAUAAUUCAUCUAGUUUUAGCCUCACGAAUACGAAAGAUUGGUCCAAGUAUGAGGAUGCAGUAACGGAAGAUGAUACCACAUAUACAUCAUCAAAUACGUCCAGUAUCAUAAAUAUGAAGGUUAGUACUACUAGUGGCAAAUUGAUUCCAAUCGAUAACAAGGAAACAGAAUCAUCUAAGAAGAGCGCAGAGUUAGUGGAUGAUGUUGACAACUUGCAGGAUAAUGAAUUGCAUCCAGCUGAUAUAUACAGUUUCAUCUAUCCUGAUGGCAGGGUUGUUUUGUACGAAUUUGAUGACGAGGAUUACAAAAAUGUCGCCACGGAGUACAUGGUGGUAAACUAUAAGGAUAUUAAGAAAAGUACCGAGUUUACAAUAAAGCCACAUUCUCAUUCCAUAUACUAA